AACUGUUCCCCUUGAAAACAUCUGAGCUAGUUGGACAGGAUUUGUAGGCUGUUAUAUUUUUUCCUUCAGGUCAAGCUCAUUAUAAGUUCACUCUACUCUUGAUAUGUGUGUCUGACUAACUGUGUCUUCCUGUGAUGGCUGACAUUAUGAUGUGUGAGCCAUUUGAGCUCUACAAUCUCCUCAACCAGUGCAGCCGUGUGUCAAGGCUGGCAGAGAUCAACUACCUCUGUUUGACUGAUGCUCGUGAAACUCAAGAUUACAGAACGAGUCACAUCAUAACUGCUAAAAAUGUCAAAAUGGACUCAGAGGGCACGUUCCUCCUGCCUGUGGCUGUGGAGGUCGACAGUAUGCAGCAUGUGGUGGUCUAUGACAGCAACACAAGCUGUUUACAGGAAAAAGGCAGAGCAGUUGAAUGUGCGCAGGCUUUAGCUGAAGUGAGCCUCUGUCCAGUUCACAUAGUGAGAGGAGGCUUUCAGAGGUUCUCAGCUCUGUACCCUUUUUUAAGGACUGAGAAAAUAAUCUACACCGUCACGGAGCUGGAAAACCUGAAGAUGUAUCCAGUGGAGAUCAUGGCAGGACUUCUGUACAUGGGUAACGAGAAACAAGGCUCGGACUCCAGCAUCCUCAAGGACCUGAAAAUCAGCGCUAUCAUCAGCAUCACACAGAGUGACGUUCUGGAAUCCAGACCCACGAAGGAGAACCAGACCGUCCUUAACAUCCCUGUGGCCGACUCAGUGGCGUCUGAUUUAUAUUCAAGUUUUGAAAUGAUUUGUAGUCUUAUUGAUUCACACAUCAACAUGGGCUCUCGUGUCCUGAUAGUGUCCAGGCAGGGCCGAAGUCGCUGCAGUGCUGUCACCAUUGCUUUUCUCAUGCACCACCUCAAAUACACACUGAAGGAGGCCUGGACGUACACGCUGAAAUGUAAACCUGACAUGAGGCCAAACAUGGGGUUUCUACAGCAGCUGUCUGACUGGGAGCUAAACACCAUGGGGACAAAAGUGACCGAUAUCUCUGAACCUCAUUUUUAACAAAUAAACCAACAGCUCUCACAAUGAUGUCAUGUUAUUUUGUACGUUUCAA